AUGACACGAUGGUGUUUGUGGCAGGCGGGGUCAUCGACAGACAUGACGCGCAGCGAAGAAGAGUCCCUGGUCGACGGGCCGCUCAUCUCGGCCGACGCCCUCCACGCCGCCAUCAGGAGAGAGUUCCGCGGCGUGCCCACCGCCUGCCCCGCCGUCCUGCUCUCUCUGCUGCACGUGGUGUUUGUGGUCCUAUCGGCGUGCGUCUCCCUGAUGUGCGUUCUAAAACUGGGCCACGAAGAGGCAUGCGCAAAAGUUCUGGGACCCGAGCGCGGCGACAGCGUGGUGGUCUUCGCCAAAGCCGUCCUGUGGCUACUGGUGGCGGCGUUCACCCGCUGCGCUCGGCACCACCAAAGCAAAGCCCGCCGCAGAGGCUACCUGCGCUUUUACAGAAAAACGGCGACGCUCCACAGCGUGCCUCUCGCCGUCCACUCCGCAGGCAACGCCGUGCUCUUGGUCGUCGUGGCGGCGCCAAUGUCAGCGGCGGAGCGCGCCUACGCGCUGGUGGCUCUUUUGGUGUUGGAACUACUUGUUGCAUUGCCCUGCCUCAUCUAUUACACAGUUAAAGUGAUGAUGUUCAAUGCGGAACGCGCGCCCCCCGACGUCAGCCGGGAAGAACGAUGGCACCGCCCGCCCACCGAGACUGGAUUCAGAGAGGGUUCCUGCCUGGAGGAGGUGGUGGAGAAGCAGGCCGACCUGAUCGAGUACCUGAAACAGCACAACGGCUUACUGAGCAAGAGGCUGCUCAACCUCACGGCUCAGCACUGA